AUGCGUGUGGCCGCCCCCAGUUCUGCGCAGGGAUCCGGGCUGCCGCUUCGCAACCCAUUCAGCUACGGCAGUGUCGAAGAGGCGAGCAGCUGGGAGCCAGCCCAGAGCGGCAGCGUCGUGUACGGCGUGGCGGUCGUGCCACUGGUUUGCCGCGUGUGCUGCUUGGCAGACGUCGUCUGUAGCCUGAGCUCGUGCCUCAUGUUCCUCCACCUCUACUUGGCCAGCCUCGUCCUCUGCACUGCGGUUGUUGCGAGGUUCGCCAGAGUCGACCCGAUGGAUGCGCUCGCGCUGCACGACCCCCCUGGCCUGCGUGUUUGCACAGGCCUGCUUCGGAAUUAUUCCUCGCCGCGCGCACGCUCCUGA